AUGGAUCGGCAGCGGCCGCGACUGCACCACCCGACGCAGGGCUCCGCCGCCGGGGCCCUCUACCCCUCCUCCGCCUCGCUCCGCAGCUGCCGGGAAAGCAAGAUGCCGCGCAGGAAGGGUCCCCAACACCCUCCGCCGCCCGGCGCGGAGGCGCCUGGAGAGAAACGCCCCAAGUUUCUGGACAAAUUUGCCAGCAUAAAAAUUCCAGGGAGCAAGAAAGAGAGACCUCCACUUUCCAACCUGAAGGCUGCAUUUGCAGGCAAUGAUUGCGGUUCAGGGAUGACGGAACACCUUCCAAAGCCACUGUCAGAGAAUGAAGUCUUAGAACUUUUCGAAAAGAUGAUGGAAGAUAUGAAUUUAAAUGAAGAUAAGAAGGCACCAUUGCGGGAAAAGGACUUCAGUAUCAAAAAAGAAAUGGUGUUGCAGUACAUUAAUACGGCUUCCAAGACA